CCAAGACAUUGCUCAUAUCUCUUGAAGAGGGAUCUGGAUACUAUUGGGAGAUUCGAAAUCUAUAUCCUAAUAUAAAAGAUGGUCAAUAUAUAGGGUGUGCAACAGCUUGUCUAUGCUGCACUCAAAGUCCAACUAACCAACCUGCAAAACGCAUAAGUGAAGCAAGACCUACUAUCCAACGUUUUUUAUAUGAAGGAGUUAUAAAAAUUAAAAUAGAUUUGUGUGAGCAAAAAGCAAUGAUAUCUGUAAAACAUCUGGCUCAUAAAUUAAAUCAAUAUGUAACUGAUGUUGAAAAUCAGUUAAAUUUAGCAAAAAACUUUUUAGAACAAAAAGAGUUAAUAGAUGAAGAGUAUAAAGUUAUUUUAUAUUGUGAGAAUGAGUUUGUGCAUGCACUUGGUUUUACUACACCAUUUCUUCAAGUUUCAGAAAAUAUUACUGAAAUU